AGCGCUAUGGGCGACUGCCCCUAGUAGACUUGUCUAACGUCAUGCAAAUUGCAUAACGUACGUCGUAAACGCACCCUUAUUGUCCGGCGUUUCCCCGGCAACGCGUCAACGUAAACGACGAGCGUCCGGGUGAUGGACGAGCAGGCGGAUAGCGACGACAGCUUCUUCGACGAGCCGAGGGCCGGCAGGAGAGCGAGGCCGGCCGAGAAAAAGUCCGUCGACGACCUGUUCGAAGCGCUGGGCGACGCGAAGCCGCCGAAGACACGCUUCGACGUCCCCGCGGCGCAGGAGAAGAGAUCGUCGGACCUGCUGGACGAGCUCCUGCCGCGCGCGACCAAGAACCCGAACCUCCUCGGGGAUGGCGGCAGGCCGACGUCGAGCGUCGCGCCUCCCAAGAGACGCGGCGGGAGGGCGGCUGGAGUGGAGGACGUCCUGGGCCUGUUUGGGGCCGAAAGCGCCCCGCGGGCGCCGACUCCCGCCACGAAGGACGUUCCAGACUGGCUUGGAGGCGGCGGCGCCGUCGACCAAAAGGCGGACCCGCCGCCGGCUCCCGCCGCUAUUGAUGCUGCCCCCGCGGAUACCAAAGACUCCGCCGAAGACACCCGGACGGCGCUCUCCGCGCUGCAGCAGCAGGAAUCUCUGCUUCUGGUGUCGUUACAGCUGAAAAAGCACGAGGACAACCUGGAGGGCAUACGGAGACAGCAGGAGAAGAUCUUGAGCAAGCAAGAAGACCAAUUCGAAACUUUCCUCGGCGCGUACGUGGCCAAGCAGCAGGAGCUCGAGGCCCGCAUGUUGGACCAACAGAGGAGGAUCAAUGACCAUAUCGGCCUUCUAGUCGGCGCUAGCAAACCUCCCGACGAGGUGGCGGAAGGGUCGGGGUCGUCGACGCAGAGGCACCAGGAGGAACUCUUCCUCUUGGAGGAGUCAUACAAGAAACGGCUGAGCCUCGCGGAGAAGUCUGCGGAGGCGGUGGAGGAGCGGCUGAAUCGCGCCCUCGCCGACCUCGCCGCCGACUUCGAGGCCAAAACGGAAGCCGCGCGGAAGCGUCACCGGGACGAGGUCGAGUUUUGGGAGCGGAAACUGAAAGCGACCGAAGAAAAACACCUGGAGGACGCGGAACGGGCUAAGGCCCGCCACUCGAAGCUCGUGGCGGAGCUCCACGAGGAGUAUUCCGCGCAAAUCGAGCGCCUGAAAGAGACCAAAGAGCGGGAGGCUGAUUUGACGUCGCGCGGGUCGGAACUGGAACGGAAGCUGGACGCCGGCGUCGGCGCAUUGGCCGCGAACGCGAUCCUCCUACGAAAUCUUCACGACAAGGUCGCCGCGGAUCACGACGUGCUGGGAGCCGCGCGGGAGAAAUCGCUCGACGCCAAGGAGGAGGAGCUCGAAUUAAUGAGGCGGACGCUUGACAAGUGUCGUGAGACGGCCGAGACCGAGAGGGCGCAGCUGUUGGGGCUGAUCCGUGGCCUGGAGGGCAAGAUCGCCGAGCAGAGCCUCGCCGCGCAGGAGGAGAGGUGGGCGUUGCGGCAGGCGGCCGCCACGUUGGCCGCGAGGUCGUCCGCCAUGGACAGGGAGCUGGAGUUUAGCCGCGCGUCGAUCGAACGGGAACGGGACCAGCUGAAGACGCUCAAGGAGACGCUGCUGGAGGAGCGCGAAAGCGCGCUCGCACAGCUCACCGAAGAGCGGCUUCGUUUAGCGGCGGAGAGGUCGCGCGCCGACGUCUCGGACAGGUUGACGCGCGGCUACGAGAUCGAAAAGAUCAAGGCGGAGGCGGAGGCGGCGGUCGACGUCGCCAGGGAGCUGUCGGACCGGCUGAACCGCGAACGGGACCUGGUGCGACGGCAGAAGGCGGACCUGGACCGCGUCGCGAGGACGCUCGCGGAGAAGGAACGUGAGCUGCUCGACAGGGAGGCGGACCUGGAGCGGGAGGCGAGUAGGAGGUGGCACGGUGGGGCGGCCGCCCCCGGCGGUAAAUUUAUCGGCGAGGCCGGACGGUUGGAGAACAUGUAUCGCGAGAAACUGGCGGAGGUGCGGUCGCGGGCGGUGACGCUGACGGCGCGGGAGAAGAAGCUGACCGAGGACAAGCUGGCGCUGUCCAAGGAGAGGACGUCGCUGUACGGGACGCUGAAGCGGGACAGGUGCGUGCUGUGCGCGGCAGAGGGCGACGGAAUCGCCCCGUCGCACUCCUUGGAACGCGCGGGUUCCGAUCCGGAGCUGAUGAGGCUGCGCGCGGAAACGUUGGAAGACGAGGGCGAGGUGAGCCGCGAGGAGCCGCUGACGACGUAGCACAGGAAUGAAUGUUUUGUCUUUUUUUUUCUAACCUUUAAUGGCGUCAUAUUACUAAUUAAUACAUUUUUUAUGAAACAAAAAUUGCCAGUCCCUCGAUAAAAUUAUUUUGGUUAUCGUAACAUCGAAACGUUGCUUUUUGGUUCCAACAAAUUGCCAAAACCGUUGAUACCGACACAUCCCGGCCGAUUUUUGCCGUUCAGACCGUCCGGGAAAAAAUUAUAAGGAACAUUAAAUUUUGAUACAAUAUAAAAACAGUUUUUAAUUAAAUCUAAAAACGGUUUACAAAAGACACAAAUUACAAAAACAUUUUGAAACUGAUAAUUUAAUUAAAAAAUAAUACGGUGUUCCAAAAGUAACAAUUUAACAAAAAGUUAUUUAAUGUAGAUUGGAACCAAAUAUUGUUAUCGGGAUUUUUGAAAUAUGUUUGUUUGCUUGAAAGAAACGAAAUUAAACAAAAACAGGGUUUUUAUACAUCUAAAGUAUCAUUCAGUUAAGCACUUUGGUCUUUUUUUGUGAUAAUUUUUGCAUUAGUCAUAGCUCUGACAAAGUUAACCAUUGCUUUGCAAUAAAAGGGUUCACUUAAGGUUUUGAUUUAUAGUUAGUCUUUGUGUAAAAAGAGCAUGACAACCCAUAGUAAACAAAAAUUAUGACAAUACUUUUCACUGAAAUGCCAAAAAUAAUAAUGUCUUACAUGAAUCAAACUUAAAUUAUACUAUGGCUCUAUAAAAAGAAAAAAAAUUAUAUAUUUUUAUGUCAAAACUUAUAACGAAAAAACGAAACCCGGUAAGUUCUUUAAAAAUUAUUUUUAUAAAAUGGAGCCGGUGUAACACCACAACAUGUUACUUUAAUACACAGUAUCAACAGCAUCCCUAAAUUGUGCUAAAAUUGUAACAUACAUAAAUUACAAACAUACUUUUUUGGGAUAUUUUUUUAUGACUCAAAAGAAUGUAUAAUUUUUUAAGGAUAAUUUAUUCGAUUUUUAGAGUAAUUUACUUGGUAUAAAAUUAGUCUCAAA